CUAAAUAUUGACAUCGACUUCUCGAUGCAUCCGUCGCGUCGUCAUCGCGGUGCGACUCGUCAUGUGUGGCUAAACAGCGGAACUCGAUCGCUCCCGACCCUGCACCGCAUACGACACGGCGAGAACGACGGAGGGCCAUGAUAUCUACGAUGCGCCAUCAUGACCACGUCCGCCAACUCAGAUACCGAGCUCUUGACCGAGCACUUCGGAUACCCCCCCGUUAGUCUCAUCGACGACAUCAUCAACAGCAUCAACAUCCUCGCCGAGCGCGCCCUCAACAGCGUCGAGCAGGGGCUCCUGAACGCGCCGCCCGCGAGCCUCGGCUUCAAGCAGUCCUCCUCCUCCUCUAGCCGGGCCCGCGAUGCGCAGGAACAGCAACAGCAGCUCCCUCCGGCCGAGGCCGCCAAGAUGGAGAUCGAGUCCGGCACGCACCAGCUCGAGACCCUGCUGUGCGCCAGCAUCGACCGCAACUUCGACAAGUUCGAGAUCUACGUGCUGCGCAACAUCCUGUGCGUCCGCCCGGCCGACGUGCGCCAGUGGAUGCGCCUCUCCCACUACGAGGGCCUCGACUUCUCCUCGCCCGAUUCCCCUUCGAACGCCUCCCUCCCCAACCUCGACACCAUCAACCACCUGCGGCGCAAGCUGCGCGAGAGCAUGCGCCUCAACGCGCUGCUGACCGCCGAGCGCGCGCGCAACGAGAAGCUGCUCGACGAGCUGCGCGCCGUCGUCGGCCUACCAGCGGAGCCGUCGCGGGUCAAGAGCGAGAAGACGUCGCCGGGGGCGCAGGCGGGGCCUGCCGCCGCCGCCGCUCCCGCUCCCUCCCCCACCACCACCACCAGCAGCCCCUUCGCCUUCCUGCACCACAAGGGCGACCUCGCCGACAGCGGGUCCGACAGCCCGCUCAGCACGACGACGGCGUUCGCGCUGUCGCAGGUGCAGGCCCUGCGCGCGCUCUCCGUCUCCCUGCGGAACCUGGGCCCGGACCUGCUGCCCUCGUCCCCCACCGCGGCCGCCGACGACGACGACGACGAAGAAGACAACCCCCGCCCCCCCGCCGAGGGCAAGGCCGCCGCCGCCGCCAAGAAGAGCUGGCGCCGCGAGCGCCUCGAGUACGUCGAGGGCGCCGCCCGCCGCUACCUCGAGCGCGUCGAGGGCCUCGAGCUCGGCCGCCAGGGCGAGCUGCGCGACGGCGGCGAGUGGGUCGGCGCCGGGGCCGGGCCCCCGCGCGGCGAGGCCGAGGGCCUCGAGGGCGUGGUCGCGAUCCUGGGCGGCGGAGCCGACGACGCGGGGCCUGCUUCCGCUUCUGUCGGUGGUGGCGGUGCUGCCGCUGCUAAUAACGCUGCUGCCGCGAGAGGCGACGAUCGGAUGGACGAGUCGUGAUGGCGCGGCCCGGCAUGACGGCGUGCCAUAGCCGAUUCCGACCGGCUCCUGCAAGCAUAUUCGCGGGCGUCGCUGCUGUCGCUGCUAACUGCUUUGUCCGCCUACCGCCGGC